AAACUCUUCUUCAGAAGAGCAUUAAAGUAAAAGAAAAAGGAGAUAGACAUAGACAAUAGAGAUCUCUGGUUUGGAGACUGACGAGCUUAUGUGCAACUCUCAAAGCUAGCUAGCUUGAGUUGUAUAGACUAUAGGCAAUAGAGAGUGAGGGAGCGAGCUCAGAGAUGAGUCAGUUUGCUACACAAAAAUAACGAAAACACAUGCUCCUCGAUCGAUGCCAUAAACACUUCUCCUUUCUCUCCAUAUCUCCAAUUUUUUUCGUCCUCCCCUUUCCUCGUUAUCUCCUCCUCCACCUCACUUUCUAGUUGGUUAGUUAGGUUCGUUAAAGAGUAAGUUAAAGACUUGAGCUCUAGCCAAGAUGAUUAAUUUAUCAGAUUUCUACCAUGUCAUGACUGCUAUGGUUCCACUCUACGUGGCCAUGAUCUUAGCCUAUGGCUCCGUCAAAUGGUGGAAAAUCUUCUCCCCCGACCAAUGUUCCGGCAUCAACCGCUUCGUCGCCCUCUUCGCCGUCCCACUUCUCUCCUUCCACUUCAUCUCCACCAACGAUCCUUACGCCAUGAACUUCCGCUUCAUCGCAGCUGAUACGCUUCAGAAGCUCAUCGUCCUAGGCAUCUUGGCCGUGUGGACCAACUUCAGCAAGCGGGGUUGCUUGGAAUGGACCAUCACGCUCUUCUCUCUGUCCUCUCUCCCAAACACCCUCGUCAUGGGUAUUCCUUUGCUUAAAGGGAUGUAUGGAGAGUUCUCGGGGAGUUUGAUGGUUCAAAUCGUUGUGCUUCAAUGCAUUAUCUGGUACACUUUAAUGCUGUUCAUGUUUGAGUACAGAGGGGCUAAGAUGUUGAUCAGCGAGCAGUUCCCAGAUACCGCUGGUUCUAUUGUGUCCAUCGCUGUUGAUUCCGAUGUGAUGUCGUUGGAUGGCCGGGAACCCCUGGAGACCCAGGCGGAGAUUAAGGAGGACGGGAAGCUUCAUGUUACUGUAAGGAAGUCCAAUGCUUCCAGGUCGGAGAUUUUCUCCAGACGAUCUCAAGGGUUGUCGUCGACGACGCCCAGGCCUUCUAAUUUAACAAAUGCGGAGAUAUACUCUCUGCAGUCAUCCAGGAAUCCAACCCCAAGAGGCUCUAGUUUCAAUCAUACGGAUUUCUAUUCAAUGGUCGCCGGUGGCCGGAACUCCAAUUUCGGAGCUUCGGAUGCUUAUGGGCUUGGGGCGUCGAGGGGUCCGACGCCGAGGCCGUCUAAUUACGAAGAAGAUAACAAGGCCAGGUUCCAUUACCAUGCAUCAGGUGGGACACAUUACCCGGCUCCGAAUCCGGGGAUGUUCUCUCCUACUUCGAAACCGGUCCCCAACACUACUACUACUACUACUACAGCCACUGCUACUGCUGCUAAAAGGACUAAUGGCCAAGUGCAGCAGAAAACGGAAGAUGGGACAAGAGAUCUUCAUAUGUUCGUUUGGAGCUCAAGUGCUUCUCCAGUCUCAGAUGUCUUCGGGGGCCAAGAAUAUGGUGUUGCAGACCAGACUGUAAAAGAAGUUAGAAUGGCUGUUUCUCCUGGAAAAGUGGAGGGUCGCAGAGAGAACCAAGAGGAGUACUUGGAGAGAGAUGAUUUCAGCUUUGGAAACAGAGGGGUAGCAGAUACAGAGAUGAACGAUGAAGGCCACAAAAUGGGUACCACGAAAGCCAAAAGCUUGCCUCCUGCAAGUGUCAUGACCAGGCUUAUUCUCAUCAUGGUUUGGAGGAAACUCAUCCGAAACCCAAAUACAUACUCCAGCUUAAUCGGCCUCACUUGGUCUCUUAUUUCAUUCAGGUGGCACGUUGAGAUGCCUGCUAUAAUAGCAAAGUCCAUCUCCAUACUGUCAGAUGCAGGCCUUGGCAUGGCCAUGUUCAGUCUUGGUCUGUUCAUGGCUUUGCAGCCGAGGAUCAUAGCAUGUGGGAAUUCUAUAGCAGCUUUUGCCAUGGCUGUGAGAUUCCUUACAGGUCCAGCUGUCAUGGCAGCAGCUUCCAUUGCUGUUGGGCUGAGGGGCGUUCUCUUACACGUCGCCAUUGUACAGGCUGCACUUCCCCAAGGAAUUGUCCCGUUUGUCUUCGCCAAGGAAUACAACGUACAUCCUGAUAUUCUCAGCACUGCUGUUAUUUUUGGGAUGCUGAUUGCAUUACCUAUCACGUUGGUUUACUACAUCCUAUUGGGUCUGUGACUGUGAAUAAAUAAAUUCAUCAAGUCGUCGCCAACCAAGUGAAUUACGCCACCGGGAAUGAGGAAUGCAGAUAGAAGAGAUCGAGCGGCGAGGGUCUGAGAUAUAUAUGGAUCUUAUGGGUGGCCGGGGAGGGGGACAUCUAUGGAUCAUGUUUGGAUGAAUUAAUUCUCUUUUUUAUUAAAUUUGUAAAAUCAUAUCUGUAGUCAAGUUAAAUCUUGUUGGGUUCAUUACUAUCAUAACCUUUCACUUCUCAUCCAAGAACUAGUUGAUACAAGCUAGCAGUGAUUGAUACAAGGUAGAAAAAAGAGUGCCAAUGAGAGAGAGAGAGAGAGAGAGAGAGGGAGGGAAAGGCAGUGAUUGAUGAUGAGCUAUAUCUGAAUUUUACAUUAAAAAAGAGAGUGUGUUGGUCAAGAGAGGAUGAUGGGUUUCUUGUUUUGAUAAUAUUUGAUUCAACUUUGUUUCCUUUGUAUUACUUUAGAGGGAAAUUUCAUUAAUGCUA